UAACGCUAUGUUGACCUGCAUAACGUUGCCAGGUAACAAACGCUUCGCCAGCCGUAAUCCAUUGGGCCAAUGGGUUCCAAAUAUGGUUAAGGGAAAAUAUUUAUUUUACGUCGAAGGAGUUUCACCUGCAUAGCUGACUUGACAUUUCUCUGGCAAACCCCAAAAGCAUGUGUAGCACCAGCUGUAGUUUGGAGGCAGGGGGUGUCCUAGGGGAAGCCGAGCCCCACCACUGCCAGAGAGCAGCCCUGGUCAUCCAGAGAGCCUGGAGGAGACAUGUGGACACACGGGUCUACGCCUACUUGAAAGGGACGAUAAGCUUCCGUUACCAUGGAGAUCCACGCGGGCUGCUCAAAUCCGUCAAUCCCCGGGAGGCUGCUCUGCUGGAUGCUGCUGCGGGGGUGUACAUCCGAUUCCGUCUCGGUGGGGUCAGGUUCCCUCCAAGCAUCUACUAUAAAAUCUUCACCCACCGACCCAUUGUGGACAUGUGCGCCAACAGCCCCAAGGACUACACCCUCCCAGGCCAUAAGUGUCCCGUGCCCAGGCAGACACACAAUGGCCUGCCCCUGAUCCCGGAGAACCGGUCCACAUGGUACCGCAGGGUGGAGAACAAUGGCUGGCGGCUGCUCUCCGGUAAGCUGGGACCCCUGUGUAACCCCGUGGAGCUCGACGCUGAUAAAAAGAUGGAGUUCCACCACUGCAAGCUGCAACGGCGGCGGGAUUUAGAGCAGAGGAGAAGAAAGAGGAAGAUAGAAUGGAUGAGGCAGAUGUACAACCACGGUAGGCACCUGCAGGCACCUGCAGUGGAUCCAGAAGAGGCUGUCUUGGUGGAGAGGGCUUUGCAGGGAAUGAUCCAGGACGUGGAGCGAUGCGGAACAGCCAAUCACAGCUCAGACUGGGAGGUGGACGAGCUCCAGGAGUGGACCACCGUGCUCAACUUUGAAGAUUACAUGACUGAGUGGACAAGCUUGGCGCUCAGUCAUUCUUCGGAACACUUCAUAGCACCACAGCAGCGUUUCCCUCAUCUCCAUCGAAGAAAUAUAUGUGUAAAUAGUCAAGCUGGAUCUAGUUUCGAAGAUGGAGACUAAACCAUGUAUGUGUGGCCGAAACCAAUAAAGCAGAACGGUCAACUAACUGUCUUCAGUUUCAGUUAUUUGUUGUUUAUAUGAAUUUG